GAGCACUGAAGAAACGACGGCGUCAUGGACUUAUCUGGCACAAGCGGACACGAGCCGGAGGAGGUCAAGGAGCCCGUGGAAGACGAAGGGAAGACGACGACGAUGAUGAUCCGAGCCGUCGUCGAAGCAGUCCACUCCUCUCCUUCUCAGGCCGUCCUCUACCUCGCCGGCGGCGCCUCUCAGGCUCUCGGGUGGUUGAUGUCAGUUCCUGGAGCUUCCAACACUGUUCUCGAAGCCGUCGUUCCUUAUUCCAAAAUGUCCAUGAUACAGUUGCUCGGCAAGAUUCCUGCUCAAUUUUGUAGCGAGCAAACUGCGGAGGAAUUGGCGCUGCUGGCUUAUAAUCGCGCUCUCAAGCUUUCUCGAACAGAUUCCCCAGUUAUUGGGGUGGGUUUCACUGGCUAUUUGAGCGGAAUACACCCAAAGCGUGGAGAUCAUAGGUUUCAUGUAUCAGCUAGAACAUCUGACAGAAGCUGGGUGUCUACAGUGACCUUGUCAAAGGGAUUGCGAACAAGGGAGCAAGAAGAUAAGGUCUCAAGCCAGUUUCUGCUCAAGGCAAUUGCAAAUGCAUGCACAGUACCAUCGACAUUUAAUGCAGAGUUGACAGAGUCUGAUUUGUCGAGCGCAUCUGAAAAGACUUUUGAUGAAGAUGAAGAACUGGAGCAGCUUAUAAAUGGCGAAGUAUGCUUCAGGGUGUAUCCUUUUUCCAAUGAUUCACAUGCGUUGGAUGCAGAAAGAAAGAUCAUUCUGUCUGGUUCGUUUAAUCCAUUACAUGAUGGUCAUCUGAAAUUGUUGGAAGUUGCUUCUAGUAUCUGUGGCAAUGGGUAUCCAUGUUUCGAAAUUUCGGCAGUAAAUGCAGAUAAACCUCCACUAUCAGUGCAAGAAAUAAAAGAUCGAGUAAAGCAAUUUGAAAGAGUUGGAAAAACUGUGAUAAUAUCUGAUCAACCAUUUUUCUAUAAGAAAGUGGAGCUUUUUCCAGGCAGUGCUUUUGUCAUUGGUGCAGACACAGUGGCAAGACUUAUUAAUUAUUUAUGGAUUUUGUUGAUAAUUAUGUUGCGCAGCCAAAGUAUUAUGAGGGAGAUUACAAGAAGAUGCUGCAAAUACUUAUUGGAUGCAAAAGCACUGGAUGCACUUUUCUGGUGGGUGGCCGUAAUGUAGAUGGCGUUUUCAAGGUUCUCGAGGAUUUUGACAUUCCGGAUGUUUUGAAGGACAUGUUCAUAUCAAUACCUCCUGAAAUAUUUCGCAUGGAUAUUUCGUCCAGUGAAAUAAGGCGAAGUCGUGGAAUUUUAUGAUAUACAGACGGCAGAAACAAAGGAAUGGCGACUUUUCCAAUAAAUUUACUGCUAUAUUGUUAGAUACAUGUCCAUGUGGUUACUCAACUCUUAUUUACGCCCGUUCAGAGAGGAGUUAUACCAUACCUGUGGUGAACUGAAAAAUCUCAAAUAAAGAACUGCAUAUGUUGGGAGUUGGGGCCCACACGCAGAUCAUGAAGCGCCUUGCUAAUAUGCGUCGCUUCCCGUUAA